UCGGACUGACGUGUUCCUACAUCCGUGUGUUGUUGUUACUUUUGACUUUAUUGGUAUUGACUUGUUCUCCUGGGAUCUAUCGGGCCGUGACAAUGCCGCGACCCUCGCGUGAAUCGUACGGCGACCAGAAGCCCCCGUACUCGUACAUCUCCCUGACGGCGAUGGCGAUCUGGAGCUCCCCGGAGCGCAUGCUGCCGCUGUCGGAGAUCUACCGGUUCAUCACGGACCGCUUCCCGUACUACCGGCGCAACACGCAGCGCUGGCAGAACUCGCUGCGGCACAACCUCUCCUUCAACGACUGCUUCGUGAAGGUGCCGCGCCGCCCGGACCGGCCCGGCAAGGGCGCCUACUGGACGCUGCACCCGCAGGCCUUCGACAUGUUCGAGAACGGCUCGCUGCUUAGGAGGCGCAAGAGGUUCAAGCUGCUCAAAGGAGAUAAAGAUAAUCUGAAUGCAGAGUUAGCGGCGCUAGCAAGUUUUAACAGAGCAUUUUUAGCAAGACAAGCGAGUGCACCGCCUCCUCCACCAGCAAUACCAAGUGCUAGUCUGUACACGCCACCACUGGGUCCACAGCUGAGCCCAGAGCCAGCAGAACUACCUGAAGCGGCAACCAUCACAAUGUUACCGCGUGAAAGACCACGAAGAGAUUUCACAAUCAAAGCAUUGCUAGAGCCAGAUUCACCACGGCUAUCGCCGUCGCCUCCUCAUCCGGUGCUGAUGCCGAUACCCCGGUUGGAGGUUUCCUAUGUGGCGGCUGCGCAGCGUUACCACGCCGAGCUGCUGGCGGCGGCGCACGCGCUACGCCCCUGCUACCUGCCGCCGCCGCCGCCGCUGCCCGUCGCGUGACAUCAGCCUGUGCGCACGCAUUCCAGCUGCCCCAAUAUUUCGUGCAAUGUUAGAUUGUAAGUACACUUCUAACUAGUUAUUUGUAAAGUGUUUAGAUUUUUAAAAUGUUGUGUAGUUUUAAAAUGUUAAUUUAUCUCAGAAUACUAUGAACACAAGCGCGCUGAAUUGUAGAAAAAUUGGUACAUUUUAAUUUUAAGUUGGAGUGUCAAUUUUGAAUUCAUUUAGCGCUUACUAUUAAAAUGAUAAUCAUGAUCAUUUACAACGCAUUUAGUAAUAUAUGUAACUAUUUAUUAUGGUAAAUCGUAUAACGUUGAGGCUAACGAUCAAUGGCCUAAUGUCUACACAUUCCGCAGACGAUUAAAACACGUCACUCGGGUCAUAAUAGAAUUUUAAUCGAUCUCACUUUAAGGUUUAGUACCUCACUGCUGAUUAGUUAUUGUAAUUGAUAAAAGUAUUAUAUUAUUGCACAUGAAAAAUCGGCGAAUGUCUUUAAAGCAUUGGUGAGUAAUAGAUCAGUAACACAUUACCUAAUGAGUGUGUCGCUGCGGUAGAAAUUGUUAAAAAUGUUGAGACAAUGCAAACUGUGUGUUGUCCUAUAAUUUCAUAUAGAUCCUGUGUUUGUUUAGAAACAGAAGAAAUUAGAGCUACUUAUUACUAGUAGUGACUUGUAUAUUGCUGUAUAGAUAGCCUAGAAAUAAGAUUGUUAUUUAUUUAGUGAUGAGAACUGAAUAUUUUUCCUGUUCAAUGUGGAUUGAUUAGUGUAGAUGAAUUAUUUCUGUAAAUAUUGUUUAAAUUGUUAUAACUUUUGAGUAGGAUUAUUAA